UGUGAGUGGGAGGCUGAACACAUUCACACCGACAGACACAGACAGGAGUAAAGCAGGCAUGAUGCAUAUGCUCGUUGCUAUUGCGGCUGGUUUUGGGGUGAUCGCGCUGAUUUUAAGGUUGUUUUCUUCUCAAAUCAGAAAAUAUGCAGCAGGAGUAAUGUGUCGAUCCUCAACACGGUUAGAUGGAAAAGUUGCCUUGGUCACAGGAGCAAACUCAGGAAUCGGGAAGGAAACGGCUUUGGAUUUGGCCUCUCGAGGUGCACGAGUGAUUUUGGCGUGUCGUGAUGUGGAGAAGGGUGAAGAAGCAGCGACAGAGAUCCGUACAAGAGUGGGUGGAGCUAAAGUGGAGGUGAGGGAGCUGGACCUGGCCGACACCUGCUCCAUCCGAGCCUUUGCUCAGAGAUUCCUGCGAGAGGUUGAUCACCUGCACAUACUCGUCAAUAAUGCCGGUAUCAUGAUGUGUCCUUAUAUGAAGACGGCCGAUGGCUUUGAGAUGCAUAUUGGGGUCAAUCAUCUGGGCCACUUUCUGCUCACAUACCUCCUCAUUGGUCUCCUGAAGCGCAGCGCUCCAUCGCGAAUCGUGGUUGUUUCUUCCCUGGCACAUAAUUUCGGUUGGAUUCGAUUCCACGACCUGCACAGUCAGGGCAGCUACAACAGCGGCCUCGCCUACUGCCAGAGCAAGUUAGCUAACGUGCUUUUCACACGCGAACUAGCACGCAGGCUCCACGGGUCAAAUGUGACGGUGAACUCCGUGCAUCCGGGCACGGUGAGGUCAGAGCUGUUGCGUCAUUCAACGGCGAUGUCGCUGCUGUUUGCUGUCUUUUCUAUGUUCCUGAAGACACCGAAGGAAGGAGCUCAGACAUCUGUUUAUUGCGCCGUCGCUGAGGAGCUCCAGUCAAUCUCAGGCAAACAUUUCAGUGAUUGUGCCCCUGCUUUUGUGGCCCCUCAGGGACGGAAUGAGGAGACGGCACGGAAACUGUGGGAUGCAAGCUGUGAAUUAUUAGGCAUUGAGUGGGACUGAAACAUUCAUUGACCUGCUUUAUUUCUCUUCUGUUUUUCCCACCUUUCAUUCUCUCAAACACUUUAAGUGAUUAGACUUCUUUUGUCUUAUUUGGCUUUGUUUAAAACACUUGUAUAUUUUCACAAUCCUACACGUUCAAUAGCACAACCCACCUUGUUCUCUCAGCUAGUUUCCUUUUUUUUUGUUUUAUCAUGCCCUUGUGACAAGCAAGUAGAGUUUAUUUUGCUCUAGAAGAAAUCUGUGGAGCAUUUUUAAUUCACUGUUUUACACUGUAUUCCGUUGGUACUUGAAACGCUGCUUUAAUUCCCAUCUCAGUAUUAUCACAUGAAGCUGCAUAUUUGAAGUCUUUUAUACAGAUGUGCUUUUAACUACUGUGGUACAUUCAUGAACAGAGAUGAAUAUUUAAAUAUAUACAGUAAAGAAAAGUAUAUUUUUUGUAUUGUCCUUUUCUUUAUUUGCUAAAAUAUACAAAUACACAAGGAUAUGUUGCAAAUAAUAUUAACACAUCAGUAGGUUCAUUAUUAAAACAAUGGUUUAAAAAAAUUAACU